AUAAACAAAAAAAAAUAAAUAAUAUAAAUUGAUAUACAUAGAUUUAUGUUGUGACGAGAACUACUUAUAAAAGCUGUCGCAUAUUUAAUUUAAUCGAUCAAUUGUAACAGAGACUUUAAUUAGACUUAGUGAAAACGUUAGUUAGUUAAGCAGUGUUUCUUUUUUUUAUUAUAUUUUAUAUAAAAAACACUUAUAAUAUUAAUUAAAUAAUAAUAAAUAAUUUAAAAAUAAAACUACUUAUACUAAAUAUUAUUUUAAAAUAAAGUUACUUUAAAAAGAGAAUUUUUCAAUAUGCGCCUAAAACAGAUAUUAGUUAAAGAUGGAGGAUUUGGCACUCAAAUGACCGUACAUGUGGGCAAUGCAGUUGAUGGAGAUCCCUUGUGGAGUGCUAGAUUUAAUGCUACCAAUCCAGCAGCUGUAGUCAAUACUCAUGUAGAUUUCUUGCAAAAUGGUGCCGAUAUUAUCUUAACCAAUACCUAUCAGGCAAGUGUUGAAGGUUAUAUGGAACAUAUGGAAUUAGAUGCAGAUCAAAGUGUUGAACUUAUCAAAAAUACCGUGCGUUUAGCUCACAUUGCCAAAGAGAAAUACUUGACAGAAUGCUAUCAGGCUCAAUUAAAUGUGAACGAAGGUUUUCCUAUGAUUAUUGCUUCCAUAGGACCAUAUGGUGCCCAUUUACAUGACGGCUCUGAGUAUACCGGUGAUUAUGCUGAUUAUGUGCCAGCCAAAGAGAUAACUGACUGGCAUAGGGUACGUAUUGAUGCCUGUCUUGAGGCCGGCGUAGAUGCUUUAGCCAUUGAGACCAUACCUUGUCAAAUGGAGGCCGAGGCUUUGGUUGAAAUGUUAUGCGAAGAUUAUGCUGAUGUUAAAUUCUGGGUUGCCUUUCAAUGUAAAGACGAAAAAACCUUGGCUCAUGGUGAAGAGUUUGUCGAAGCAGCCAGUUCGUUAUGGGAAUUACUCAAGGAACGUAAUGCUCAAGAAAACUGUUUAGCCAUCGGUGUCAACUGCGUAAAUCCUCAAUUUGUAACACCCCUCUUCAAGUCAUUAAAUGGCGAACGUUCUAUGGAGGAUAGAAUACCAUUGGUAGUGUAUCCCAAUAGUGGUGAGGUGUAUGAUGUCAAUAAAGGUUGGAUGGGUAAGGAACAUUGUGUACCAUUGGCAAAUUAUGUUGCCGAAUGGGCUCAGCUAGGAGCACAGAUAAUUGGUGGCUGCUGUCGUACGUACGCACGCGAUAUAAGACAUAUUAGUGAAACAGUUCAAAAUAUUAAUAAGUUGAAAUUGUCAUAGAUUAGAGUGUAGUAACAGUAAAUUAGUACUAGUUUUAAGUUUACCAACAAGUUUUAAAUUAAAUAAAUGCAAAAUUUCUUUUUAUUUAGUUGAA